AAGCCGCCGCUCCCGCCGCGUUACACAGUUCCUGCUCCCAGGGCCUGGCAGGCGGGGGAGCGGCACGUGGGGGCUGCGCGUAGCCGGGGAACUUGCCCUGUGGCCGGCCCCAGAGAGGCGCUGCCGCUGCUGCGGUGUCGGGGGCAAAAUGCAGGAUCCCAAUGCAGAUACAGAGUGGAAUGACAUUUUGCGUAAGAAGGGCAUCCUCCCUUCCAAGGAAAAGAUAAAAGAGCCAGAGGAGGCGGUGGAGGAGCAGGAGCAGAAGUCUGUUGUGAAAACAUAUGAAGACAUGACUUUGGAGGAGCUAGAAGAAAAUGAAGAUGAGUUUAAUGAGGAAGAUGAGCAAGCUAUCAAAAUGUACAGACAGCAAAGGAUAGCAGAAUGGAAAGCAACUCAAAUAAAGAACAAAUUUGGGGAAAUUCUGGAGAUUUCAGGACAGGAUUAUGUUCAAGAAGUUACCAAAGCUGGCAAGGGUAUAUGGGUAAUCCUGCAUCUUUACAAACAAGGAAUUCCCCUCUGUACCUUAAUAAAUCAGCAUUUGAGUGGACUUGCCAGGAAGUUCCCAGACGUCAAAUUCAUCAAAGCCAUUUCUACAACCUGCAUACCCAACUAUCCUGACAGGAACCUACCUACAAUUUUUAUGUACUUUGAAGGAGAUAUCAAGGCCCAGUUUGUUGGGCCCCUGGUGUUUGGUGGCAUGAACCUGACAAGAGACGAACUGGAGUGGAAGAUUUCAGAGUCGGGUGCCAUCAAGACAGAUCUAGAGGAAAACCCCAGGAAACAGAUCCAGGACCAGUUGAUAUCCUCAGUCAGGAGCUCUGUUCCAACAAGGAGGGACAGUGACUCUGAAGAUGAUUAAUUCCUAUACCAAUGUGUAAGAUUGAUAUAGUACAUUUUCAGCUAAAGCUCAUAUCCAAUACACUGGACGAAACCCAGCUGUGACACCUUAAUCUUUCCAGUGAGGGCUCUGAAUUAUGGAAGAAUAGAUUUUCAAGAUAGCAGUUUUAUUAGCAAUUUCAAGCUUUUUUAUCUACUACAACUUUGUUUAAAAUCCAGAACAGUUUGAAAGACUUUUAUAAAUGGAGACACAGUAAAUCUUAUCCUGCGUUUUGAAAAAUAAUUAUAGUAGGAAGAGUGAUCCUUUUUCCUCUUCUUUUGGUAAAUCUUUGUGACAGAGAGAGGCUUACAAGUUUAAGUACCAAAUGGUCUGGUACAUAUUGUAUUGAUUUUCAGUAACUUAUAUUCAUGUAAAUAAAUUACACAUAUGUAAGUUACAAUGUACCAUUUAUUGCAACACUGCAGUAAGUUCUGGCUUCAGAGUCCUUUUGUUAGCCUGUUGUUUAUCAUGACCUCUAUUCUGGGCAUUGAGAGGGGCAAGCUUGCCUCAAGGACAGUCUCUGACCUGUAGAAUACUCAGUUGACUAAGGCUAUAACUUUAUCAAAUUAGUGUAGCUACCAAACUGGUGCCUCUCAUUCACAAUGGAAGUGAUGUUAAGAGUUGCCAUUUUUUUUUAUAUUAAAGUAAAAACUUUGCAUUCCAGAAUCUGCUACAAAUACUACUUGUUAAAAUAGGAAGCCCUUGGAGAGGAAAGAAAAAGUUAAAAUGCCAUCCUAAUUAUAGAUAUUUUGAAACUUAAGAAAGCUGCAUGGCUGUUUCAGAUUGGGCUUGCUGUCCACCUACACUUCUCAUUUGGCUACAUGUGUAUGCUAAUAAGCUGCACAUGACUAUGCUAACAAGCUGACCCAAAGACCUUUUGUUAUGUCGCUGAUGGAGUCUGUGGGAGUAUAGAAUUUAGCAUUUAAUAAGUAUAAAUCCUUUUUUUUUUGCAUUGCAUUGAGAUUAGCCUCCAGAAGCUUUCAUCUUGGCUUCUUCAGCUUGACCCCUCUAUCCGAAUCAGUGGAACUCAUUUUAGUUCUGCUAUUUUAAAUAAAUUUCAUAUUAGGUUGUAAGAUCUUGGUGCAGGGACUGUCUUCCUGUGGGGAUGAAUAGUGUCUAACUCAAGGGGACUCUGAUCUUUUGGUGCUACUGCAAUACAAAUAAAGAACAAAGAUAUAAAAUUGCUCUUGGCCUCAAUAUUACCUGUGCAUUGUUGGGGCAUGGCCCCCUUCUUGUAUUAUGAAAGGAUGAUUAGAAGUUCCUGAUUUACUUGUUUAAAAUUCCAGCAUUAUCAGUUUUCACCCAAUUGAGUGAUCUGAUUGAACAUAAAAACUCAGUGGUAGAUUAAGCUUGUCUCUGCAAACAAAUUUCUGUUAACUUAAACACUGAAAUACUUCUCCUUGUAUCAGACUAUUUGAGACCUGUCUGUGUACUUGACUGUUUUGUCUUUGCAUAUCUGGAGCAAUUCUUCUUACACCUUGUACUACAGCACAGACAUGAUCUGUAUGUUGGAGAGAAAUUCUUCCAGUGUGUAUUGAAGAGGCUUUGAUGCAUAAGUAUAAAUGUUGAUUGUGCAUCGUUUUUGAAAAGUGGGGUGGGAGGGUUUUAUAAAUGUCUAUCUGAAGUAAUAAAACAGCAGUGUACACAACAUCCCCUGUAGACUAUCCAAUGUGUGUCCUAUACUCAACUAGUCAAUUCUCCUUUUUCCUCCAUCCCAUGCAGUUAAAAAAGUAGACCCAGAAAUUAAACAUUCUUGGUUACUUCCUCAGCCUUGCACAAAACACUUUAACUUGCUAUUGGCUUUUAAACCGAAUGUGAUUUUAAAGGAAACACACCUUUUCCGCACCUGAAGAAGAACUGUUGGGAGCUCAAAAGCUUGUCUCUUUCACCAACUGAAGGUGGUCCAAUAUAAAGUAUUAUCUCACUUACCAUGUCUCUUUAAAGGAAACAGUUAUUCUUAUAUUCAUAUCUGACAAAGUUCAACCCAGCUGUAGGAGAUACUGCUACCCACUUAAUAGAGAUAGUGUAUUUGAUUGUUCCUAAAUCUUUGCACCCACAAAACAGAGGCCCAGUGUGGUUUUAUAUUAGGAAAUAAUCGUUGAUAUUUUACAAUAAACCGCUCUCUUGGUCAGUGGGACCAGACUGCUCAGUGGUGUAAUCCUGCUACAAAAUAGGCCUAGAGUGUGAAGGAAGUCUGAAGCCUAACCAAGUAUUAAAGGGUAGUGUGGACUUACCACAGGACUGGCAGCAAGAAAUUGCAGUGCUCCAAGUCCAGGUCUGACAAAGACUCUGAUCUCCUUUAACUUACGUACACAUAUAGCCAAUAAACAGGAGCACUUAUUCCUGGCUCAAGGUGGUCCCAGUUCUUAAAUAUACAUCAGUAAACAGUGCCAAGCUCAGCAGGGGCUCGCUAGGAAGGGAUGGGGCAAAGGAUCCACUGUUACAUAAUCCCCUCUGGUCUUUACUCCCUAUGAAGUGAAGGUAGGAGGAC